UAAAGCUAAGGCAAGCAACACUUGUCUUGAUAAAAGUUCAACUAACCUGAUAAACCGAUAUUAAGAUGUGGUCUACGAAAGCUUUUAUUCUACUAUUUACAGCGCUGGGAGCUGUGGGAAGCCCAGUUGCUGAGGUAUAUCAGCGGCAAGCAGUUUCUUGUCCGUCCGGCUAUACUGCUAAAUGCUGCCCGCUUCUUGUCCCAACUAAUGCCCUUGGGACCCAGCUGACAGUGGGUGUCGGCUGCUCACCCUUAAGCACUACAUGCAGUACGUAUACAUCGUGCUGUAAGACUGAAUCAUUUGUGGUAAAAUUUCUUACUAUCUGUGAGGGGUCUUCUACCGGGGGUAGUGGAUCUGCUGGAAAUCCUGGUGGGUCAGUAGGCUGAGUUCGUCUGCCGUAGGUGAUUUUGUUGAGCCCGAAGGAAAAGUAGUAAUGUAAUUGUUGGUAUACUGUAUUAUCUGCAGAGAUUGAACGCUGCUUUAAAAAACUGUCCCGUCGAUACUAAUAUGAACUAUCAACAGAAAUGAAUUAAGAGAUACCUGGAAUGGAAGUCAACUGCUGACUGACAU